AUGGGAAAUACCAUCUCUUACUCCACCACAAAUUGUGAAGUCGUCAUCUCUGACCGAGGACGUAUUAAGGGCCUACAGUUCGAUAACAAAUCACGUAGAUUUGCAGGCAUUCCUUAUGCGCAACCUCCCACUGGACACCUGAGAUGGCGGAAGCCCCAGCCUCUUCUCGACACCUACAAGUACUCAUCCGGCGGAGCUAGCCCAUAUGACGCCACAGCAUUUGGGCCCGUUUGCCCUCAACCAAAUUACUCGAAAGCAGUGAGCGAGCAUGCCCCCAAGCAUGUUUAUAAUGAGGACUGCCUUCGGUUGAAUAUUUGGGCUCCUGUCCCUGAUCCCAAAAAUCCAAAGGAAAAAUGGCCUGUCAUAAUCUGGUACCACGGUGGAUGGUUCCAGGUUGGGGAUCCCAGCCAGGAAGCCAGCAUGGACCCAACGGAGCUAAUUUCGACUGGCAAGCUUCAGGCUGUUUUUGUUGCAGUGGGGUACCGGCUGAACGUCUUUGGCUUUUUGGCUUGUCAUUCUCUCCUCGAGGAGUCCGAGGGAACAUCGACAGGCAACUACGGACUUUGGGAUCAGCGACUCGCUAUUGAUUGGGUCCAUAAGCACAUCGGGGCCUUCGGAGGGGAUUCUAGUAAUAUUCACCUGGCAGGGCGUAGCGCAGGUGCCUACUCAGUUCUCGCUCAGGCCCUGUAUGAUUUUCGCUCUGUUGGGAGUGAUCAUUUUCGAUCUAUGGCCAUGUACUCUAAUGCCAUUCCAACACAACCAAAAACGCCUCAGGAAUGUGAGGCCCAAUUUGAAGAGCUGAGCCGAUACUUUGGCGCUCCAUCGACAAUGAGCGGGGUCGAAAAGCUUCAAUUCCUACGCGGAAUAAGUGCCAGUGACCUUUGUGCCGGAAUCAUGAACCUUGAAAACCACACCUUUCGUCCCGUCACAGAUGAAUUGUUUAUUCAACCGGGAAUAUUCAACUACUACCAAAAUGGCUCCUUUGCGCGAGAGUUCAAGCGACGCAACCUGCGCAUCUUCAUUGGCGAGGUUCUCAAUGAAGAGACCCUAUACGCGGCCACAAAUGGCCCAGACGCGAAUCUGGCAGCUCUCCAGCAACAAAUCGCAAAUUACUACCCUCUUUCGACAACAAAACGCCUGCUUCAACAUUAUCAACUUCCAAAGUCAGACAACAAACAAGACUGGGCUGACCUGUUUGGAAAGAUCAUCUCCGAUGGUCAGGUCAGAGCUCCAUCGCGGUACCUAGUCAAGAUCCUUGCGGACAAUGGCGUUGACAUGGGGAAUAUCUGGCGCUACAUGAUCGCGUACCGACUAUCAUUCAUAACGGAGAAGAUUGCCCCAGCUUCCUUCGGUGUGACCCACGCUAUGGAUCGGCCUAUUUGGAACUAUUCAAUCACACAUGGCCCGACUCCCGAAGAACGCGAAAUGAUGUCAGACUGGAUACAUGAUCUCUGUGUCUUCAUCCAUGGUAAAAGCGGGUACUCUUACGGUACUUCUUCUCCGAAACAAUAUAAGGUCAUGACCGGGGAAGGGAAAAUUGCUAUUCAGGACGAUACGAAAUGGGACGAGCUAAUAGGGGUAAUGGACCUAUUCUCGGGGCUUUAG